AUGGCAAGUAAAGCAGCCCACAAACGUCUUGCCAAGGAGUAUGUGAGCAUGCAGAAAGAGCCGCCCCCAUUUGUUUGGGCUACACCGGAUGAAAAGAAUAUCUUGACUUGGAAUUACCUUAUCCGCGGCCCUCCUGAUUCGCCUUUUACUGGCGGAGAGUACCACGGCGUACUCAUUUUCCCUGCGGAAUAUCCAUUCAAGCCUCCGGGUAUCAAGAUGUUCACCCCUUCCGGCCGAUUCCAACCAGACAAAAAGAUUUGUUUCUCCAUGUCUGAUUUCCAUCCCGGUACUUGGAAUCCCGCCUGGAGUGUCGCCACGAUACUCACAGGAUUAUUAUCGUUCAUGCUCUCUGAUGAGAUGACCACCGGCUCAGUGACGUCUUCAGAUGGCCAUAAACGAGCCUAUGCUGCGCGCAGUCACUCCCAUAACUUGAACCAACCAAGAUUCAGAGAAGCUUUCCCAGAUUACUGUACGGAUACGCUUCGAGACCUACCAAAUAUGGGUGAACGGGAGCGAGGGAAACCAGAUACGGCGGUCACGCCCACUUCACCCAUGACGAAUAACCCUAGUCCGUUUUCUCCCUCUAUCUCACGAUCUACCACAGCGACACAUCCGUCGCAGGUGUGUGAUAGACGACCGGUGGCACAGGCUCCCGCCACCACGACGACGUCAAAUGCGAGCGAUGUCGUAAGUAAUAGUAGCUUGGCAUCUACAAACAAGCCAACAACGACGCCGCAGGGGUGGACAGGGCCGUUGCGACAGGUUUUAUGGGAGAAGUGGAGAUGGGGAGUGCUGAUUGCGUUCGCGGUCAUUGUCUCGCGGCUAUCGUCGAGCCCUUGA